AAGGACGUGGCUGCAAAAGGGUUGUAGUAUCAGUGAGUACAAUUGAUUUUCAGGAAAGAAACCCACUAGCACUAUCUAUACAUUGAUUGAGAUCUUGCUCCCGAUAUCCUUACUUUUUCUUGAGAUCUUCUAAAGAUGUCGUCUUCGUUCUCGUCUAAUAAUAAUGCAACUUCUGCUGGUUCUGCUAGUAGCACGACUAGAGCUCCCGCGGGGAAGAAAAAAUUAUGGUCUGCGUCUUCCCUUUUGGCUCGUGAUACACGGGAUGUGCUCUCCGAGAUCCAGGAUGAACACGCAUCUGCACUGGCGGUCGAAGCUGCGCGACAUGCGGAGCUGCGGAGUGAGAAAGAAGAACGACGCACGACGUCUCACGCGAGAAGAGGCUCUUCCGGAGAAGAUGAAGAAGUGGGUUCGAUCGUGCAAGGUGGAAACUACACGUCUGCUGCGAAGAGAGAAAUGGGUGGUGGAGAAAUACGUGUUUCGUCUGCUGUUUCGUCUCUUGCGGGACGUGAUAGUUAUAAAUGAAGAUCUAGUUCUAGAUGAAACAGAAUGUCUAGUACUAGAGCUAGACUAGACUAGAUCAGGAGUUCCAGUUCAAGUUUGUUAUCGUUGACAAAGGUGAUGGCACUCGUCAUGUUUAGACUUUAGAGCUUUAACAUCAACAUCAAGCCAUAGGUUAUAGUGUAAAAAAUGAAAAAAAUCAAAAUAACGCAAAGAUGUGGUACGAAAGAAUAGACCACGGACCGCUAUAACAAUUUAAGACUUCUGAGAAAUCUGUUGAGUCUGAGAAAUCUGUUGAGUGCUUCCGAAUAGUUGUAGAGGUAGCACUAUAAUACCUAAAUGUCAUCAUGUACCCAUACGAGGAGAAGUAGGAAUCUUCGAUGAAUGUGACUGCAAUUCGCGGUCCCAUUUGUUUCUAGACCUCUGCCAACCCUUUCAAGAAAACAAGAGAUUCUUCAUUUCUUCGCCCCUAGCUUCCUUCCCUAUUGAUGAUCAAUGAUGAAGCACGAAAGAACCCACUUCAUUGUCCAAAUUAAGUAAGGCCUCGUUUUCCAAACAUUAGGAAACUUUCUAUGACAUAGUUUUGUCCUAUCGUCAUCUAGUUUCACCCUUCGCCUAAGAGCGUUUGAGUAGAAAAUGCUCAGGGGCAAUGAAUAAAGAUUUUCAAUAGGAAGAAGAACACGACGCUACGCAGUAAUCUAGGAAGAAGCGAGAACACAGACACACACUCGUACCCGGUUCACUAGUAUUAUCCUCGUAGGUUCGCGUUCGCCGUCUCACAAGUUGAGCCCGAAAUUCAUCAGCAUAAGCAGUAAUCAUUUUCGCUCAGCAAAGUAUGAGUAUUAUGUUAUGAAGAUACUUAGAUAAUAUGAUCAUGAAGAGCACUUUCUUACACGACUUUUUUUCAUAGCUUUUUACAUGGCAUUGCUUGUGGUUGUGGUAUUCCUAUUCGCGCAGACGCUACACAAGAUUGAACCGAGACGUUGAGAAAGCAAAUAAUGAAUUAAAUCGUGCAACAUUAUCGUUUGCUGAGAUAGGCACAGCAAUAGGAGAUAAUGAACUGCCUUAGAAGUCUGUCGGCCCCUCUUAGAGACCAAGAUUGUAGAAGUGGAAUUAUGGCAGCUGGUGUUUCAUUGUUGAGACUGAGGUGAAAAUGGUUGACGCAGG